CUCGGCGACGCAGAAGUGAAAAAUGGACGCCGACUGAUUUGUGUUACAUCACGAAAAAGUUGGUAGUUUUUAACUCCUCAUUUCAUCAAAACGGCAGUGAAUACUUUACCGUUCGGUGUUUUUUGGCCAUUAAUACGAAAACGCAGGUUAGUAGAUCGGAGUGCAUUCGUUUGGUGGCGUUUGUUAUCACGUGAUUUUUAUGCUGCGUUCAAUUUGCCUCAGCAAUGAUACGUCACAAGAAAUUUAAACCAAGAUGGAUGCCUCCGUGGAAUAAAGUCUCGGAAAAGAUAACCGGAUUAAAAUGUAGUAAAUAUGUCAUGAAGGGGUCAUAGCAAGAAUCUUUUUGACAGCAAGAAUCGUUUUACUUCUUACGAGGUACGACCUCAAAGUGUUCCAAUCGAAAGUAUUUUUUUUAACAUGGCUGACGACCACGAUAAAACAGUAUUCGUUUAUUAAGAGACUAUUAGACAGUGUUGACAACAAAGCGUUAUUGUGUACAUUGUAUCGAAUUUUUUGUGGUUUGGGAACUUUUCGCUAUGAAAUAUCUGGCUUCCCAGUUUUAAUGGAACGCAACAUGACACAAACCCAGCAGUGCUGCGCAGGGGUCGACGCAGGGCCCGUGAGCAUGCGCAGUGAGCAUUUCGGGGAUGGGUCUAUCGAAUGAAUCAAGAUGGCGACUCUGGCAAAACCGCCAAUACACUCACUGAAGUAGAUGAGCAAAAUUAACCUCCUUAGCGGGUUUCCUCACGCCCCGCUCGGGGUUUGGUGAAACAUGAAGAUCUGGAGCAUGCUUUGGAGACGGGAUUGACCGGGAUUUCAGACCGUAAAUAAGUCAGCGAGAUGUGCGAGAGCUAUGCCCGCUCGCUGCUGCGUGUUUCGGUGGCGCAGAUCUGCCAGGCUCUGGGCUGGGAUGCGGUUCAACUCACUGCUUGCGAUCUGCUGUCCGAUGUGCUGCAUCGAUACAUUCAGCAGAUGGGCAGAGUGUGUCAUCGAUACUCUGAGCUCUAUGGGAGGACAGAUCCCAUCCUGGAAGAUGUGAGCCAGGCUUUCAGGCUGCUGGGAGUAAGUCUGACCGAACUGGACGACUAUGUCAACAACCUGGAACCUGUGGCCUUCCCCAAUCAGUUGCCAACCUUUCCUGUCAGCAAGAACAAUGUCCUGCAGUUUCCUCUGCCUGGAGCUCUCGACUUGGAAGAAAGAAAGGACUAUAUUCCAGAUUACAUGCCACCCCUGGUCUCUUUACAAGAAGAAGAGGAGGAGGAAGAGGUCCUUCCUGACAUGGGCACCUCUGCCGAAGCUAUGCAGGUGGCGCUGGAGGAGGACGAGGACGAAUUCGAAGACGAUGAAACCGUCAAUGAUGAGAACCACCCGCUGAAGAGGUCCCUGGACAGCCCUGAUGCGGAUAUGGGCAUGAUGCCUACAUCCAAGCGGCCGCGAAUGGUCCCUGGCCUGAGCCCAGAAUGGGGCGUGGAACCCAGGGAGCCCCUAACCUCCCUCAACCCUCAGCGUGUACCUCCAGGCAUACUGCCCUCUCACGAUAGCCUUGACCCCAUGUCACCUGAAGCACCUUCAGGAGCCAUGCCCUCCUUCAGACCUCAGCCUAUGAUACCAAAAUAUCCUGAUCAGAAGGCCCUCACCACCCCUGGAAGAAAGCCUAAAGUCUCAUCGCCUGGUAGACAAAGGACUAAGUCCCCUAAAGGGGUCAUUGCUACCUCAGGAGGUGGCAGUCCCAUCCACUCUCCUAAACAUUCUAAGGAGAGGAAAAAAUCUCCAGGCCGGACAAAGAGUCCUAAAAGUCCCAAGAGUCCCAAGAUGGUUCCGGGCAAAGCACCUCCACCUCAGGGCAAGGUAGACAGCGUGCACAAGCUGCCGUUGUCUGUGCUAAGUGAGAGGAUGGGGAAAGAGAACAUCCACAUGCGACAGAAUGUGGAGGACAAGGAAUUGGCUGAGGGCUCCUUCCUUAAAAUGGAGCCUGAUAACGCAGCCAUCGAUGAUUCAAUCAGCGCCGUGAUUGCCAGGGCGUGUUCCGAGCGAGAUCCCGAUCCCUUUGCCUUCUCCUCAGGCUCUGAUUCGGACAGCAACAGCUUCUCCAGCCCCAGGAGACUGACCAUUAUGGAGCCGACAACACCCAAAGCGCAGGUGGGGGCUGCCGGCAUCUCCGCCAGAGACACAUCGACACCGCUUCAUUUGCAGCUUCACCCCGGCCAGGGAAAGUGGACCAUGGAUGACUCCAUCAAUGAAGUGAUCCGAAAGGUGCACCAGCCGCCCAAUCACGAAGAAUACGUCUCGUCCGGGUCGGCCUCGCCUCCGACGCCUGAACCCCUGCUGAAGGUUUUUGAGGAGAAAAGCAUGUUUGUGUCACCGGUGGACGUCAAGAAGAAGCUGAAGAAGGAGCUCAAGACAAAGCUGAAGAAGAAGGAGAAGGACAAGCCCAAAGACAAAGAGCGGGAGAAGGACAAGAGCAAACCGAAAGAGAAAAACAAGGACAAGAACAGGGAUAAGAACAAGGACUUUUCCAAGGAUAGCAACCUUCUGUGGAAGGAGUUUGGUAUGAAGGAUGACGAGCACUUCAGUCAGCGAGACUUCAUUCUGCCUGAGGGCUCCAUCAAGAUCAAAUCCAGAGAGGGAGAGGGCCCGAAGAAAGAGAAGGAGAAACACAAGGACAAAAAGAAGGACAAGGAAAAGAGUAAGAAGGAUAAGGAGAAGAAAGACAAGGGCAAAGACAAGAGCAAGGACGACAGGCAGAAACAAGCUGCCCUGGACCCCAUUGCUCUGGGGGAGGUCUCAGCCCUCUUUAGCCCGUCCUCCUGCCUGCGCCUACCCCCCUUAGUCCCCAUCCUCCAGGAUAGCAAGGAUGUGAAGAGCAAGGAGAAAGACAAGAAGAAAGACAAGAAGGAGAAAAAGAAGAAGAAAGACAAGGAGAAGGACAAGGAGCGAGAGAAGGCCAAGGAAAAGGAGAGGGAGAAGGAGGAAAAGAGGAAAGAAAAGGAGAGGGAGAAAGAAAAACGGGAGAAGGAAAAGGAGAAAGAGAAGGAGAGGAUUCGAUUAGAGAAGGUAAAGAUGGACACUCCGGUGGUUGUUCCUUCUCCUGUCAUUCCCAGAUUGACGCUUCGAGUUGGAGCAGGGCAAGACAAAAUUGUUAUCAGCAAAGUGGUUCCAAACUCGGAGCCAAAAACACCAGUGCCCAAGACCCCCGCUACCAAGUCCACACCCAGCAAUCGCCCUCGUUCGCCUCCACCGCCUCCCAUCCUCUCCCCAGUCAUACCUUCUCUGCCCCCGCCUCCCUCACCGCUGCCUCCAACUCCCGUCCCAUCGUUGCUCUCUCCGGCCCCUCUACUGUCUCCCACCGCUUCCCUCAAAACACCCGUUCGCAGCGUUGUCACCGAGACGGUCAGCACGUACGUGAUUCGAGAUGAGUGGGGCAAUCAGAUCUGGAUCUGUCCUGGAUGCGACAAACCAGACGACGGCAGCCCCAUGAUAGGAUGUGACGACUGUGACGACUGGUAUCACUGGCUUUGUGUCGGCAUCCUCACAGCGCCCCCUGCAGACCAGCAGUGGUUUUGUGUCAAAUGUUCCAGCAAGAAGAAAGACAAAAAACACAAGAAGAGGAAACACAAACUGCAUUGAGACUAUGCAAAAGCAAAAAAAAAAGCACAUUUUGUGUGCGUGCGUGCGUUGUGUGCGUGUGUGUGCGCGUGCGUUUGUGUAGGUGGGGACAUUUGUUGGACACCAUUUGGCACUGCUCUAACAUAAAAAGAAGAAAAACAACAUGGCUGACAGCAACUUGUGAUGAUGUUUAAUGGUGUCAGCGUGGACCACAAGGCAAACUGGCGAGAGACAAAAGGCUUUGCUUGCUGACUGCCGACAUGUCCCGCUGUAGGUGAUUAUGACCGCUUAUGUGACGACAACUAUCAUCCAUGUCUUUUCUGCUCUCGAAUUUUCACGCCUUCCUUCAAUGUAAUGUACAUAAUUAUGACGGCACCCCAAGUGUAUAAAUGUGUAAAUACCAACUACUACCAAGCCAAGUGCAUUUUGUUCUUAGGAAAUUACUUGCAAAAAUCCAAUUUUUUAACUCAAAAUGAAGCCUCUGUAAUUUCUGUACAUUUUUUUAAAUUUAAAGUUUGUAUUUUAUUUCUCCAGCCCCCUCCCCCCCCAUGUUUUUUUUUUGUCCUGAAGUCAUACUGUAGUUAUGCUUGUGAUGUAAUUCAUUUCAGUGACGUUUCAAUAUUAAAGGUGAGAACAGUCUGUGCACUCACACAGACUUUAAGACAUA